AUGGCACCGAAUUCAGUUACAAUUUCAACUGACAAAACCAAUUAUUUCACUUUGUUACAAGUUCAUGAUUUGGAUUCUCCAAUCUUUCAAAAGAAGCAAGAAAAACUAGCACGCUUCAGUUCUUUGUUUCCUGAGAAGGUGUGCUUCAAUCUACCAAAGCUGAAUGUGAGUUUUGAACAUAGCAAGCAUGGUCUUUCUGUUGAAAAUAAUAUCACUGGCAUUCAAUUUAAUAGCAUCAAAUCACGUUCCAAUAAGGCUAUUGGGGAGAGUACUCGCUUUCAUUUUCAACUGGAGUUCAGAGAAAUUCAUCUUCUUAGAGAAGCCGGCGCUCCCGUCCUGGAGAUAACGAAGAUUGAAACCUUGGUUGCUGGAUCUGAAGUCGCAUCAAGUAUGAUUGACGGAAUAAUAUAUCUGGAUGGUGAGAAAGAUCAGAAAAUCAGCUCCUUCUCUGUUAUUCCUGAUGAAUUUUUUGAGGAUAUGGAGUCUGUAUGGAAAGGUCGAAUAAAAACAAUCCACAUAAAUGAUGUACUUACUUCUGUGGACAAAGCAGCUGAGGCCUUGGAUUUAACAGUCACUGAAGAUUUCACUCCCGUAGUUUCUAGAAUAAAAGCUUUCGUAUCUCCACUUAAAAUUCUUAAGGGAGAAAUAUCUUAUUCUCGGGAUCAGGAAGCAGUGUGGUUCAAGGGUAAAGGCUUUAUACAAAAUAUAUGGGCCGGUGGCCCUGGAGAGGAACCCAUUAAACAGCUUAAGCAUGCUUUAGAUUCUAAAGGUAAAAAGGUAGGUGAGGAAUGGUUUACAACUAUGAAGAUGGACGCUGCCUUAUCAAGGUACCAUGAAGCAAAUGCCAAGGCAAAAACUAGAGUUUUGGAAGUUCUAAGGGAACUUGCUGCUGAACUGCAAUCCCAUAUAAACAUCAUUGUAUUUUCUUCCACAUUGCUUGUGAUCACCAAAGCUUUAUAUGCUCAUGUGAGUGAAGGGAGAAGAAGAAGUUGGGUUUUUCCUACAAUAGUUGAGUCCCAGAAGCUUGAGGAUGGGAAGCAAUCCAAUAAAAACCGUGAGAUGAAGAUAGUCGGUUUAUUACCAUAUUGGUUCAACAUAGCAGAAGGAGGUGCCGCGCAUAAUACUGUUGAUAUGAAAUCAUUAUUUCUAUUGACAGGGCCCAAUGGUGGUGGUAAAUCAAGUUUGCUUCGGUCAAUUUGUGCUGCUGCACUACUGGGGAUAUGUGGACUUAUGGUUCCUGCUGAAUCAGCCAUAAUUCCAUAUUUUGAUUCCAUCAUGCUUCAUAUGAAGUCAUAUGAUAGUCCAGCUGAUCACAAAAGUUCAUUUCAGGUGGAGAUGUCCGAACUUCGAUCCAUCAUGGCUGGAACCUCUAAAAAGAGCCUUGUACUUGUUGAUGAAAUAUGCCGAGGAACAGAAACUGCAAAAGGGACUUGUAUUGCAGGCAGCAUUAUUGAAACACGUGAUAAAAUUGGUUCAUCAUUGAUUGCUCAAGCAGCAGAUGUGCCAACCCUUCCAUGGAGUGGUUCACAUGUGAAAAUUCCUCCUGAAAGCUCCUUGAGUAGUAUUCCCGAUGAAAUUUACCGGGCAGCAUGUGUUUAUACAACAGAGGAAGCAAUUGCAAGUUGUCAAGUCGUUGGAUACCCUGCAAUGAUCAAGGCAUCUUGGGGUGGUGGUGGUAAAGGCAUAAGAAAGGUUCAUAAUGAUGAUAAGGUAAGGGCAUUGUCAAGCCAAGGUUCACAGUCUGAAAAAUGGUCCUGUUCCAAGCUGUCAUGCGAAGCUCCUCGUGAUUAA